UCCAUUCUCUCCCUCUCUAUCUCUCUACGUUUCUUGGAUCUGCAGAAGAAGAAGCAUCAGAGCUCAGUUCUUCUACCAUAUUAGAACAAAGAACAAGAGGAGGAUUCAAUAGUCUCUCCUUGGUCGUGAUUUCUUCCUUUCAGUCAUCGAUUCGACAAGUAGAGCUUCUUAGCUUCCAACCUUCACCAAGAGUAUCAUCACCAGAUAUAGAGAAAGCAUUUGCAUUCAUCUUCCCAAAAGGAUGCGUCCUCCUACAAACUCAACAACAUUCAAGCGGGAAUUCCUCAAGAAAUGGCUCCUCGCCCUCCAACUAUGUAAUAACCACCACAACAACAACAACAAGAACGGCGUCGUAGAGAGGAAAAACACGAUCAAGCUCUCCGCCGAAAUCGCCAUGGCCGCCGCCAGGAACGGCGCCACGUGUUGGAGCCGUGCCCUCAUCGCCAAACACUCCUCCUCCUCCUCCCUCCACAACCAGACGCCGCCGCCACGUCACAGCAAGAAGAGAGUACUCCGGUGCAAGAGGAUCAUAAGGAGGAGCCGGAGGUGCAUUCAUCAUGGGCCGGCGGCGGCGGUGGUGAGGAGGAAGACGGCGGUGCUGAGGAAGCUGGUUCCCGGUGGGGAGUUGAUGGGCGACGAGGCGUCGUUGAUAAGGGAAACCCUAGACUACGUGACGUCGCUCCGGGCUCAGAUCGACGUCAUGCGGAGGCUUGCUAGAGCUAGCGAUCGAGUCGCCAUGUGUAAUGGAAUGAAGUGAACUAAUUUCUAAUUUGAUUUCAUAUAUGUGUUGUUAUAUAUAUAUUAUUGUUAUAGAUAUAUAUUAUAUAUGUAGUUAUGUAGCUAUAUAUAUAGUCAUCGUUUUGGAGUGAUGGUAUAUGAGAAAUGGGAUGGAAGCCAUAUAUAUUAUGUACCUUAAUUAAGGGUAUGUACAGUCUACAGAUGAAGCAUAUAUAUAAAUGUCAAAGAUUUGUAUUUGGGUGUUUGAGAGGUUGGAGAUGUUUUAAUGU